CUCCUCAUUUGUUUGGAUCCUUCCUAGCUUUAAUCCAAAGACAGGAAACAGACUCCCAUCAUGGCCUCCAGCAUGUCCCUGAGAGGUUACUCCAUCAAUCGCCAGCCAUCUUUCUCCAGCCGCUCUCUGAUGGACACCAGCCGUUCUCGCUCCAGAGCUUCGGUGUCUUUCUCAGCGAGUCCGCUCAGCCGCGCCGCUUCAGUCGGUCAAGACCUCAACGGCUCCUUCAGCAUGCAGCUCAACGGCCUGCACGGCAACAGCACCAACGAGAAGGAGGCCAUGCAGAGCCUGAACCACCGUCUGGCAAACUACCUGGACAAGGUGCGUUCACUGGAGCGCUCCAACGCUGACCUGGAGAUGAAAAUCAAGCAGUGCAUGCUCGACCGCAUUCCCAAAGGUCAUGAUCUCGACUCAAUGAUGGCUCAGGCUCACGCUGUUGAACAAGAGGUGAGGAAGAGGACCUUGGAAAACGCUCGACUCAUGUUGGAGAUCGAUAAUGCGAAAUUGGCUGCAGAUGACUUCAGAAUCAAGUGGGAGACCGAGCUGGUCAUGUGCCAGUCAGUGGAGAGAGACUGUGUUGCCCUGAAAAAAGCCAAAACCGACCACGAGCAGAUCAUCGCUUCACUGAGAGGAGACCUGGACAGCUUGAAGGAAGAACUGUACUUCCUGAGGAAAAACCAUGAGGAGGAACUGGAGCAGAUGAAGUCUCGCAUUGCGAAAGAUGAGGUCAACGUGGAGGUAGAUUCAGCUCACGGGCCUGAACUGGGAGCUGUUCUGUCGGAACUGCGCACUCAGUAUGAAGGCAUCGUGAAGAAGAACAAGGAGCAUGCGGAGCAGUGGUAUCAGAAGAAGCUGGAGACGGUGCAGAAUGAGGUGCGGGAGAACAAUGAGGCUCUGAGAGGAGCUCAGGGGGAGCUGACCGAGCGACAGCGCUUCCUGCAGAACCUGGAAGUGGAGCUGGAGAGCCUGCACAAACAGAUUGCAGCUCUGGAAGCAAACCUGGGGGAAACAAAUCUCAAAUACUCGUCUGAGAUGGAGCGGCUCCAGGUGACGCUAAACCAGCUGGAGGACGAUCUUUCUCAGCUCCGGCUGGAGCUGCAGCGCAACAAGACCGACUACGAGCAUCUGCUCCGAAUCAAGCAGAAUUUAGAGAUGGAAAUUGCAACUUAUCGACGCCUGCUGGAAGGAGAGGAGACUGUGAAAGAAGUUCCUCCUCCUCCGAAAAAGGAGCCUGAUGUUCGCACCAGGAAGAUCGUGAAAGUUGUGACUCAGACGAUGGUGAAUGGGAAGGUGGUGGACGAAUCCAGCGAGGUGGAGCAGAUCGAGGAAACCAAAAAAUAGUUGAUCGCUUCAAAGAUAAAGCUCAACAGAGAGGGAGAAACAGCAAGACAAAUUGAUGGAGAGGGAGCUUUAGGAUCAACAGUCCCACUGACUUGACAUUUGAAAUUUUGUCAUUCAAAUAAAUUGCUGAGUUGUGUCUUUUUAUCUGUAGAAAAUACUGUUUGAGAUGUUGUUAGUCUAUAGAGAUAAUUUCACACUUAAGACAUAUAAGACGUAGAGCUUGUUAUUUACAACGACCCCUGUAGCUUAGCAGCAUUUAUUUUGGUGUAUUAUUGACCUU